GUCAAGGCUCUUGAUAUUGCUUCAUACGUGUUGUAAUGUUCUGAGUCAGGAGCGGAUGGCUCAAGACCGACCAUACGUGGCGACGAGUCACACCCUGCGAGAGGUGCCCCUGCUUUUACUGAAUAUGGCGGAUCUAGAGAGGACAACUCGAUAAAACCCGUAAUUCCGAGUGUCAUCCGUACCGUGCUUAUGGGAUGAAUGGCACUACGUAAGUGUGUCUUAUAACGGUGGCCUCCAGAUACCUGGCGCCCUCUGGUUGUAAGAAGUCUUGCUCGGGAUAUUGGGGGCUAUGUCCCAGCUGACAUCCCUUCCCCCAUACUCGUGGGACACACAUGAACAGUAAAAAUUUAAAUCAAAAGCCAGAAGGAGCUGCACAGCUCCAAACAAUGGCCAAUGCUGGCCUUUCGACUUCUGUCGAAACAGAAACCAUCGCUACGGAACUACCGGGGGCGCAUAGUCCCUCGUACGACGUAGAGAUGGUGGAUACUAGCGUGAGACAGGAUGCAAGUCCCGUCAGAACGCUAUCUGAUAUCUCGCCGGAGGAUGAGCAGAAGUUGCUUGCCUCUCCGGUGAACAACCCACCUCAUCAAGCUCGAGAGCGGGAGCGGCUUAGCGGAGCCGGUCGGAAACGCCUCAAGCGGUACAUAGAAAGGGGAAUGAGCUAUGAGCAGGCUAGAGAAAAAGCCAAAGAACCCGUUGGCCCACCACGGAGGGAAAAGAAAACUCUCCAAAAAAGACCUAGGUCUGAUAGCUCUACCCCGCAGAGGCGAUCCCCGAAGAAAUUCGCCAAAUCCAGUGAGGGAUCUGCAGGGGGCAGGCCAGGUGGGACUGCAUCUGUGCCCACCGGGGAGGCAACUGUGCCGCAUGCACCUGCAGAUUGUCGCGGAGAGCCGGUUUCAUUUAGGGAUGCACUAUGCGGAGUGAAGCUGGGCUUAGUCCCAGAGGACUAUCCAACCACAGUGUGGUCAACGGAUGAGCUCAAAGCUAUCCAAAAUGCCAUCCUCAGGGCGGUCAGGAGCAACACAGUUAGCGCUGUAAAGCCUAUAUUCAAGGGUUGCACCUUCCACUCGGGAUGGCUAUCCAUCAGUUGCAGAGAUGCUGCGACCGCGGGGUGGAUACGGAACACUGUUCCAAAGCUGGCACCAUGGAAGGGGGCGAAGAUGAAAGUGGUCGAGGAGGCAGAAACACCUCGCCGCAUCAUUCUUGUGGGACUCUUCCCAGAGCUGGACAGCUCUGCCAGUGAGGAUGCGCUCAGUCUUCUUCAGGCACAGAAUGACGGCCUGAGAAUUCCGGACUGGCGCAUUUUGAAUCGAGUACGCAGGUCAACAAUGGCGGAAAUCACCAUUGCAGUUGACCCGCUAUCAGCGGACACGCUAAAGCACCGCGGGAACGUGGUAAACUAUGGCUUUGGCGUAGUAAAACUUAGGGAGAAAGUCAAACCGUCGAUGCCCGUGGUAGACAAAGAUGCCGCCGACACCGAAUACCCUAACUCGGAGGAGCAACCUUGCUGCUCCAAAGACGUCAUCGUAGCUCCCAGGCAGCUACCCAAUGACACGCAAGUGCAGCAGAAGUCAUCGGAGGUUGGCACAGAGCUACACGUAGCAUACAAAGCUCCAACAACGCCUCCGAAAACAGCAACAACAACAUGCCCGACCCUACAACAGGUGCUGGAAGAAGCCCAAAAAGGCGUUGGACCCAUCGCAUCCCCAAAGCCUGCAAAACGGCCACCACUACGUGGCAGCUCCAAAGCGGCUAUGUCCAGCCGCAAAGGCAAGGGAGAUGCAAGGACGGCCGAAGAAGCGGUCUUGCUGAAGGGCAACAGGGGGAAGAAGGUGGCUGCUCGCGGCCGAAAAGACCGCAAGUAAUGGCACCUCACCCCAAAAACUCUACAAAUCUGAGGCACAUUAAAUGCCUCCAAGUGAACCUUCACCACGCGAAAGCAGCAUCAGAUGUUUUACAUAGGAGGUUCACAAACGAAGGCUUAGGUGUAGCCUUCAUCCAGGAACCCUGGAUAUUAAGAGGUGACGUCAAAGGCCUUAAUACAAAGGACGUUCAUUACGGCAGAUCUCGUUGCGGUAUGGGCCAAAAUUCCUACUCCUAGGGGGGUGCAAGAGGCAGUACUUGCCUCCGCGUA